GAACGCCUUUUCAUUAUCUUCUGAACCAAAGUGCAAAAUAAAACGUCAGGGAUGGAGGAUAUUUUUCAGUGGUGUCGCGAGGGUAAUGCGAUGCAAGUUCGUGUUUGGCUCGAUGACACUGAACAUGAUAUGAAUCAGGGGGAUGAUCACGGCUUCAGUCCUCUUCACUGGUGCUGCAAAGAAGGUCACACAAAAUUGGCUGAACUCUUGGUCAGCAGAGGAGCACGUAUCAAUGCCACGAAUAGAGGAGACGAUACACCAUUGCAUCUAGCUGCUGCCCAUGGCCAUAGAGAAAUUGUGCAAUUGUUACUUAGAAAUAGAGCAGAUGUCAAUGUCACCAAUGAACAUGGUAAUACUGCUCUUCAUUAUGCCUGCUUCUGGGGAGAUCAGGCAGUGGCUGAGGAAUUAGUUGCAGCUGGAGCAUUGGUAUCCAUUGCGAACAAGGAUAGCGAUACACCACUUGAUAAAGCUCGAGGGCCUCUAGCCAAAAGAUUACAUGAUCUCGCUGUUGAAUUUGGGCAAGAUCUAAAGAAAAUUCAGUUCAAGGAUCAAAGUUGGCUUGGUCUGAAAACAAGGAGCCGUGAUGCGACCUUAUCAAGACACAAGGGAAUCAACAUGGCAGAUUUAUCUUUGCACACGCAGUUAGCUGUAUCUCCAAGUGGAGAAACGUGGCGGGGUCGUUGGCAAAAUAACGAUAUUGUUGCGAAGAUUUUAAGUGUACGAGAGUGUUCUGCGCGAAUUUCCAGAGAUUUUAAUGAAGAAUUUCCAAAGCUAAGAAUAUUUUCACAUCCAAACGUUCUUCCAGUUUUGGGAUGUGUAAAUCAACCUCCUAGAUUAGCUACUGUAUCACAGUACAUGGCAAGAGGCAGUCUUCACCGUUUGUUACACGGUGGCACUGGAGUCGUCGUUGACACAGCUCGUGCUCUGCGUUUAGCUCUCGACGUUGCAAGAGCUAUGGCAUUUUUACAUGGCUUGGAAAGGCAAAAUCGAUGCAGGUUUCAUUUGAACAGUAAACACGUCAUGAUCGACGAGGAUUUGACAGCGCGUGUAAAUAUGGCAGAUUCAAAGUUUUCCUUCCAGGAAGUUGGUCGAAUUUACGAACCAGCUUGGAUGUCUCCAGAAGCCCUGAGCAAAAAGCCAUCCGACAUAAAUUUAGAAGCCAGCGACAUGUGGAGCUUUGCAGUAUUAUUAUGGGAACUUGCCACCAGGGAAGUGCCGUUCGCCGACCUAUCUCCUAUGGAAUGUGGAAUGAAGAUUGCUCUAGAGGAUCUACGUGUCAGUAUUCCUCCGGGAAUUUCCCCGCAUCUUGCAAAGCUCAUUAGGAUUUGCAUGAACGAAGAUCCGGGUAAACGCCCGUCAUUCGACAUGGUGGUUCCGAUUUUGGAUAAAAUGAAGCGUUGAGAAUAAUGCGUCUGCUAUUGCGGAUCAAUUUUUUCAUGUGUUCAUUGAAUUCUGCAAGCGUCAAAGAAAAUCUCUAUCACUGACUAACACGACGCUUGGAAUAUUUUUAUAAUACUUUAUUCUCAAAGUGCCUAGAUAUAACGACGUAACUUAUAGUAAAGCUUUUGUAAGUUUAUAAUGCGAGAACGAUCGAA